GAACAUGCGAGUCAAGUCCUUGUAAUCGCGAAUCUGAAGUAUGUGUCGACACGAGUGGUGGCGCAGUCUGUAAAUGCGCGCCAGGAUAUGUAUUGCACGAUGGCAUUUGCACAGGAACAUGCGCAGUCAUUCGUUGUGGUUCCGGUGAAGUCUGUAUGAAUAUAGGUGGAAUUGGAACUU